AUGUUACUUAACAACAAUACUUGCAACUACUUACCAUACCCCCCAUCACACUCCCCUAACUCAUCACAUCACCACCUCCAUUUUUAUUCUGCCUUCAAUACCUGCAUCCUUGCAUAUAUAUCCACACAAAUCUUUACUCUGUUUCUCUCUUUUUGUCUAGAAAACCUAAUUUCUUUCUUUCUUUGCACUAGCUACUUCCAGGAUGUAGCUUUUACUCGACUCCAUUUCAACCCAAUCUCUCUCUCUCUCUCUCUCGCUCGCUCUCUCCCUCUCUCCCUCUCUCUCUAUAUGCUCCAUAGUUUCAGUUUGGAAUGUGAUUAUAACUGUCAGCUCAAUUUCGAUAUUAUUAUAUUUGCUCAACUUUUCAGAACUUUUGGAAUGUGCAUUUUCUAAUUGUGUUAUGUUCAGUCAAGAUUUGUUGAUGAUAUAAACAGAGUAUUGAAUUUCUCGAUUACUAAUGAAGAAUCUAAACUGGUUUAAGCAAAUUGCCAACAAUGCUAAACUCGAGAGACGAUUGUCUCUCGGGGAAUAUAAUCGAGCAGUGUCGUGGUCUAAGUAUUUAGUUUCAUCCGGUGCUGCAAUUAAAGGGGAUGGAGAAGAGGAAUGGAGUGCUGAUAUGUCUCAGCUUCUUAUUGGGAAUAAGUUUGCUUCUGGUCGACAUAGUAGGAUUUAUCGCGGAAUUUAUAAGGAUAGGGAUGUUGCGAUUAAACUUAUAAGCCAGCCCGAGGAGGAUGGCGAAUUGGCUGCUUUUUUGGAGAAGCAGUUUACUUCUGAGGUUGCUAUGAUGUUUCGAUUGAGUCAUCCUAAUAUCAUCACUUUUUUUGCAGCUUGUAAAAAAGCCCCUGUAUUCUGUAUCAUCACUGAAUACUUGGCAGGGGGUUCCUUGAGAGCAUAUCUCCAUCAACAGGAACCAUAUUCGCUUCCGAUCAACCUAGUCCUAAAGUUUGCUAUUGACAUUGCACGAGGAAUGCAGUAUCUUCAUUCUCAGGGAGUGCUUCAUAGGGAUCUUAAAUCAGAAAACCUACUCCUUGGUGGAGAUAUGUGUGUUAAGGUAGCAGAUUUUGGCAUCUCAUGCUUGGAAUCUCAAUGUGGCAGCGCCAAGGGAUUCACUGGUACUUACCGUUGGAUGGCACCAGAAAUGAUCAAAGAAAAGGCUCAUACAAAGAAAGUUGAUGUAUACAGUUUUGGCAUUGUCCUUUGGGAGCUCUUGACUGCUUUAACACCAUUUGACAACAUGACUCCAGAGCAGGCUGCUUUUGCAGUAUGCCAGAAGAAUGCUAGACCACCGCUGCCCUCUACAUGCCCUGCUGCAUUUUGCCAUCUCAUCAAUCAAUGCUGGGCAGGUAAUCCUCGCAAGCGCCCAGAUUUCAAUAAGAUUGUCACAACCCUGGAAAGCUAUGCAAAGUCUCUCGAUCAGGACCCCGAUUUCUUCUCAUCCUACAAACCUCGUAGGCAUCAUGCUAUAUGCCGGUUCUUUCCGAAAUGGACAACUGCCGCUAGAUUCACUUAAGAUGUCCUCUUCUCACCGUUUGUGACGCAAAUGUAUCACAUUCUGUUGCAGAUUGUUUAUUUAGGUUUUCUAUAGUUAUGAAUUGUACGUAUGCCGUCUUUGCACAAUGCGGAAUUGGUCUAAAAUGAAGACAAUUCCUGUGCUUGUUAUGCUAGCUUUAGAUUUACCACUAUAUUUGUAUGGCAAAUCGGAGUGACAAUGCUGGCAUUGAAUGAAAACUCGGCUUUUAUAAUA